GCGAGCGGGCGGGGGCGGGCUCUCGGCGGCCGCGAUGGUGCAGCUGGCCGUGCGCCGGGCGGCGCGCGGGGAGGCGGCGGAGUGGCUGCUGCUGGAGCUGCAGGGGCAGCUGGAGGCGCGCGGCGGCGGCGGCGGCGGCGGCGGGCUGGCCGGGAGGCUGCUGGGGGACCUGCACUACACCCAGGAGGGAGUGCCGGUGCUGAUCGUGGGCCACCACGUCCUCUACGGGAAGGUCGUGCGGCUGGAGAAGGCCGUGGCCGUCCUGCGCAGAGCCGCCGCCCCCCCCGAGGACCCCGCCGCCUACGAGGUCGCCGCGCUCAUCCGGACGAAGCUGCUCUUCAAAACGCGCCCCAAGCCCAUCAUCCCCAGCGCGGCCAAGAAGGCCUGAGGCGCGCCUAGUCCAGCGUUGACCCAGUGGCCCCGCGCAACUGGUCCCGGGCCCACCCUGGCGGGCUCUACCCCUCUUGCAGAGUGCCAGAAGGCUGCUGUUUGUUUUUGCUUCCAGCCUGGCAAUUAGGAACAGAGGAAAAUGCAUCUAUUUUCUGCAGAAAUGGGAUAGCUCUAGAACUUCCUACCAGGAAUUUAUCAGGAGUCUUGUUUACUUCAUAGGAAACAACAGAAAAACCGGCUGCUCCAUUUACAAAGCUUUAUUAUUGUAACAGACUUAGUAAAAAAAGAUCCAAACCUAUUUUUAAAAAAAUGAAAAUGCAAGUAAAAAAUAAAUAAGUUUACAAAUAA